AUGUUGUUGUUUUUACUAGCUGGAAUACAAUUUCGUGAUGCAUGGUGGUUGGAAUUACGUACAGAAAUUGUUGCACAUAUGCAUAGUAUUCGAUGUGAUGCUGUAUUGGCCUAUCGUGAAGAAUGUACAAUCUAUGAAGAUGUUUGUAUUCUUUCAAGUUAUGGCACAGCAGUACAACUUAAUCCUAAUUGGAUGAAUAAUUAUUCAUUGCAGAAAAUGACAACUACCAAUUCACUUAGUUGUAUUUCUACAAAUUUAGAAAACGCCAGUGAAAAAAUUCGUGCAUCUGUAUCAACAACAUCCAGUCAUUUCACAACCAAUGAUCAAUAUCCUACAAAAAUACCUUCUACUCGUAAUAAUUGUUCUCCUGAAUUGACUACAACGAAUCAUUCUUUUCGUAUGUCAUCAUCCUCAUCGUCGUCAUCAUCAUCAUCAGAAACAACUCCUGUUCCUUCACCAACAUCUUCAUAUAACAAACAAUCGCGUAAAGAACUGACAGCUGAUCAAUGCUUGUUGCCACAUAAACAAAUAUUUCAUCAUGUUAACAAUGCUGUCAAACCUAAUUGUCGUAUAUGUCAUCUUCCAACAAUAUCUGAUACAAAUCCGAAUCAAUUUACUUCACCUGUUACAUCAUCACGAUGUGCUUCAUGUAAAAUGGCAAGUGUUCCUGAUUUAUUAUUUUCUUCAUCUGACUUCCCUGCAGAGCUAUUGAUUAUUGGUAAUCCAGCUUUAAUACAAGCACGAGUUUGUCGAACAAAGAAAGAUACUAAAGGUGAAGUAGCAGCAAGUGAAUUAAGUGAGAUUCUGCCGUUCAUCGAUUAUGAAUUACAUUAUCGUUUGAUGCAGAAAUUACGGUUACGUAGUAUGAAUGGUUUAUUUGGAUUGAGAUAUCGUAUAGCUAUUGGAGAAUAUAUGAUUGCUGCUAUUGCUGUAAGUUUUAAUGAAGAUUAUAUAUAUCAAUUACAUUUUGACUUAGAAGGUGAAACAGGUGUAGUUGUACGUGGCAUUGGAACAGCUGUUCGUUUAAAAAAAUAUAAUCCAGUAACUACACCUCCAAAUACUCCAUUAAGAAUGUCAAAAAACUUUUCACACAAUUGGGAAUCACCUAAUACAACAUACAAAGAAAGUGGUAAGUCGAUCAUCCAUUUUCCCUUGUAA